AUGAUCCAUAAAUUUGUUCUCGCUGCCCUUCUGCUUGCACCUAGCGUGCUCGGACGGGCCCUUCCUGAGGAUGUCUCCACCGACAUUGCACUGGAGAAGCGAGACCUCGGCUUCGCUUCUGCUGUCGACUUCACCAAGCGAGAUGAUCUGGACAUCUUAGCCCGCGAGACCGUGACACCUGAUGAUGCCGAAGUCGACGAGGCAGAUCCUGACAAGCUGCACAAGAAGAAGAAGCACAAGAAGGGAAAGAAGCCGUUCCCCAAGCUUCCUCCCCGUGAAGAAGAGGAGGCUGAGGAGGACGAGUCGGUUGAGGCUGGCACCGACAAGUUGCAUAAGAAGAAGAAGUCCCACAAGAAGGGCAAGAAGCCCUUCCCCAAGCUUCCGCCCCGUGAGGAGGACACUGAAGAGGAGGAUGAGUCUGUCGAAGCCGACACCGAUAAGCUGCACAAGAAAAAGAAGUCCCAUAAGAAGGGAAAAAAGCCCUUCCCCAAGCUCCCUCCCCGCGAGGAGUCUGAUGACGAAGAGGAGGACUCCCUCUCAGCCGACCCCGAGAAGUUCCACAAGGAUAAGAAGGGCAAGAAGCCUUUUCCUCCUCCACCGCCACCCAAGAAGGGCAAGCAUCCCCCACGUGACGAAGACGCUGAAGAGGAAGAGUCUGCUCCUGCCGAGCCUGACAAGUUGCACAAGAAGAAGCGUGAGUAA